AUGGCAGGAAUAACUGAUGGUUCUUUACUGGUUAUUAAAGUUUAUACAGCUAUUGGUUUGAAAGAAGAGGAGACAGAAGACAAAAACAUAUGGCCAAGACCUCUGGCUCAAAAAUGGACCCUGAUGCUGUUUAUAGGCACGUGCCUCCUGUACUGCGCCAGGAUGGCCAUGCCAAUCUGUGCAGUGUCGAUGGCUACCUCCUUCCACUGGAGCAAGAUCGACUCUGGGCUGGUUCUGGGUGGAUUCUUCUGGGGAUACUGUUUCACACAGAUCCUGGGCGGAUACGUUAGUGACAAGGUGGGAGGAGAGCGUGUCCUGGUUAUCUCUGCAGCCUCGUGGGCUCUGAUCACAGCUGGUACUCCUCUUCUGGCCCACUUAGGUUCCCACACACUUGUUCUCAUGACUAUGGCCAGAUUUCUCUUGGGACUACUGCAAGGUGUUUUUUUCCCGUCUUUGGCCAGCCUUUGCUCACAGCGCGUGGUGGAAGGAGAGAGGGUUUUUUUAAUGAGCACCAUGAACAGCGGUAGCAAUCUUGGAACAUUGCUAGCGGGUGGGAUGGGGUCCCUGAUGCUGGACCAGUACGGCUGGGAGAGCAUGUUCUACAGUAUUGGUUUCCUCGCCGGACUCUGGGCACUCAUUGUUUGGCGUUGUUUAUUAAAAGGUUCAGAAGUUCCCCCCAAGCGAAUGGAAACAAGUUAUGACACACAGUUGAGUUUGUCAAAAAAACACUGGCUGAGUCUUUUUAAGAAGCGGCCUGUCUGGGCCAUGGUGUUUGCUCACAUGUGCAUGUCCAGCACUUUCUAUACGUUAUUGUCGUGGUUGCCAACGUAUUUCAAAGAAUCAUUUCCACACGCCAUGGGAUCUGUGUAUAAUGUAAUUCCGUGGCUUGUUGCAAUUCCAUCAGCACUUGCCGGAGGAUACCUGUCAGGUUUUCUCAUCGACCAAGGAUUUAGUGUUGCAUCGGUGAGGAAGAUAAUGCAGUUCUUCUCCAUGGGCGUAUCGAGUGUGUUUAUAAUGCUUCUGUCUGGAGUCGUCCCAUUUAACAAUGCCGUGUUUUUCGUUUCCGCUUCAAUUGGCCUAUCCACCUUCGGCAGCAGUGGUGUGUCUGUGAAUGUACAAGAUCUCUGCCCAUCAUGUGCUGGUGCCAUCUAUGGUUUUAUGAAUAUGUUGGGCGCUUUCAUGGGACUGGUGAUGGUCUCUGUGUCUGGUUACCUGAUUGAGGUCACGUUGUCGUGGGCCACAGUGUUCUCCCUCAUCACUGUAGUGAAUGUCACAGGCCUCGGGGUUUUCCUCAUCUUUGGAGAAGCUCAUCGUGUCGACCUGUAA